GCCUUAUAUAUAAGUUGGUAGGCGGUAUAUAAUAUAUGCGAUCGUCUCGGGUAAGCUCAAACGUAUUCGCGCACGCGCAAAGUGAGUCGCGUUUGGUGCAGUGUGAUCUGUAGAUCAAUUGUAAUAUGCAGUGUAUGUGCUAGUCAACCGAAGGAAAAAUGAGGCUGUCACUGCACCUAGCAGUGGUGCUGCUUGCAGUGUACCACACGUGCAAGGCAGAGCCCCGAGUGCCGCGAGCGAUACAGUUCAGCUCGAAUCAAAACUAUGCUGUAAUUGGAUCUCCAAUUUCUGCUAACCUUGACGAGGAUGGGUAUUUCUAUCCGAAGCCGAAGAUCCCCUUCCCGCCGCCGCCACCGCCGCCGCCUCCGACCAGGCCACCACCACCACCACCACCGCCACCUACCAGGCCACCUCCACCACCACCACCGCCGCCAACUAGGCCACCACCACCACCAGUCACAAGACCACCGAUAACUCAAACUACUGGAUAUUAUUAUAAUACUCCGAGCAUACCAUUUGAGAUACCUACUACUCGAAGACCGCUUCCUCCCCCAACAACAAGGAGGCCUCCACCCCCUCCUCCACCACCUCCGACUAGGCCACCACCACCUCCACCACCACCACCAACAAGGCCUCCACCACCACCACCGCCGCCACCAACUAGACCACCACUAACUACAGGAUACACAUAUCCAACACCACGCAUCACAUUCCCGCCACCAACAAGACCCCCACCUCCUCCACCACCACCCCCCACGAGGGCUCCCUCUACAUACCUGCCACCUCCUCCACCAACUAGGCCACCACCUCCUCCACCACCACCCCCAACUAGACCACCACCUCCUCCACCACCGCCACCAACUAGGCCACCACCUCCUCCACCACCGCCACCAACUAGGCCUCCACCACCACCCACAACUAGGAGACCUCCUCCGCCACCACCACCUCCUCCAACUAGACCACCAACUUUAAGGACAACUGGCUACACUUACCCCACGCCACAAGUACCUUUUACCUACCCAACAACAACAAGAAGGCCUUACAUUCCACCUGUAACACAGCCUACUACUCGUAGACCAUUUCCUCCAGUAACAUAUCUGCCUCCGACUACGACGAGGAGACCUCCUCCUCCACCACCACCACCAACUAGGCCACCAACACCUCCGCCAACUAGACCCCCGACUUACAGAACACCCUCCACAUACCUGCCACCUCCUCCACCAACAAGGCCUCCUACUCCUCCGCCAACAAGGCCACCUCCUCCACCCCCCACGAGGGCUCCCUCUACAUACCUGCCACCUCCUCCACCAACAACAAGGAGACCUCCACCACCUCCACCACCACCACCAACUAGGCCACCCCCUCCUCCACCACCGCCACCAACUAGGCCUCCACCACCACCCACAACUAGGAGACCUCCUCCGCCACCACCACCUCCUCCAACUAGACCACCAACUUUAAGGACAACUGGCUACACUUACCCAACGCCACAAGUACCUUUUACCUACCCAACAACAACUAGAAGGCCUUACAUUCCACCUGUGACACAGCCUACUACUCGUAGACCAUUUCCUCCAGUAACAUAUCUGCCUCCGACUACGACGAGGAGACCUCCACCACCACCACCACCACCAACUAGGCCACCAACACCUCCGCCAACUAGACCCCCGACUUACAGAACACCCUCCACAUACCUGCCACCUCCUCCACCAACAAGGCCUCCUACUCCUCCGCCAACAAGGCCUCCUCCUCCACCCCCCACGAGGGCUCCCUCUACAUACUUGCCUCCUCCACCCCCAACACCACCACCAACAAGACCCCCGCCCCCACCACCACCACCACCGACCAGGCCACCACCACCUCCACCACCACCACCGACCAGGCCACCACCACCCCCACCACCACCACCAACCAGGCCACCACCACCACCACCACCACCACCGACUAGGCCACCACCUCCAGUGACACCACCACCAAUCAGGACAACAGGCUACGACUACCCAAAACCUAAAGUGGAGUUUACUUUCCCAACGACGGUUAGACCUCAGACCCGGCCCCCGAUCUAUAUUCCUCCAAAAACAAAAGCACCAGAGUACCUUCCUCCCCCUACGACCAGACGGCCAGUAUACACACCCCCUCCAACUACACGAGCGCCCCCUGUAUACAUUCCCCCCUCGACUACCCGAGCGCCCCCUGUAUACAUCCCUCCCCAAACCACGAGGCUUCCAGUCUACAUUCCCUCCACGACGAGAAGACCAUUCACGACUCGACCUCCAUUCGUCGAAGACAAGGGCUAUUUCUACGACCGACCAUUGGUACCAUUCGUAUUUUAACUUAGCUUAGUGUAGAAACCUGACGCAUCAUUUAAAAGUAAUAUGAUACAAUACAUCACUCGUGUUGUUGUUUGUAGUUGCAAUCCCAACUCGUACAAGUGUAAUUUUUCUUGUGGAAAAAGUAUUAAUUUAUACGAAAUUGGUAUUGCAACUACUGACAGAUGUAAUUUGUUAGUAGUCACAGAAACAGCAAUAUUUCAUUAUCGACAUUGAAUCAGCAAAUACAUUAAGUUAAUGAACUUAGCAAAUUAUCUGGCUUUAACAAAUCAUUAACUGUCACAUUAAAGAAGACAUUUAUUUAAAUUUUACUACAAAUCGUAAAUAUUGGAAUUGUUAAGUAAUGAGAAUUAAUUGAUGCGAUCAGGUAUUAAAUAAGUUGCCAUAAAUUGUGAUACCAAACGAGUACUACGUACUUACAGUCGCAAUAAUACUAUAAUAAUACUUUGUUAAUAACUGUUUGUUUAUGUAUUAGUAACUAGUUAUAUAUAUUGUAACGGUAAUACUCAUAAAAAUCGAAACGCGGAAACACUGCCUUCAACUAAUUCUACGUUUAAGAUUGUAAAAUAUUUUUUUAAAAUAAAUAAAAAUUAAUAAAAUA